ACAAGAAACUCGAGCCUCAUCACUGUCUCUGUGUGCUCAAUGUUGCAAGCAAGCAGGGUGACGGUGCCUUAGUGAAAAGGCACUCAAAGAAGCAUUACCACAAUAAUUACAUUUGGAAACAGGCGACUGCGUUUACCGGUACCUUGCUAAAAUAGUAUUUUAUAUUAGUUUGAUAAUGUCGGUGGGCAUUCAGUCGGGAUUUUCAAGUGAAGAGGUUCUGAACGUUCGCUUCCCACUCCACCGGGCGUGCAGGGAUGGAGAUAUCGGUGCGUUGUGCUUGCUGCUUCAGUGCACCUCAAACCCGGCGGACCUAGCAGUGGAGGACUCUUUCUAUGGCUGGACACCCAUACAUUGGGCUGCUCAUUUUGGAAAGUUGGAGUGUGUGAUGCAUCUGGUGCAGGUGGGCUGUGGGGUCAACGCGGUGACCACAAGGUUUGCUCAGACACCCACUCACAUCGCUGCGUUUGGGGGCCACCCAGAAUGCCUGCUGUGGCUGCUGCAAGCUGGCGCCGACAUCAACAGACAGGACUAUGUGGGUGAGACACCCAUCCAUAAGGCUGCCCGUGCAGGCAGUUUGGACUGUGUCAACGCUCUCCUGAUUCAGGGGGCGAAAGCUGAUAUGAGGAACGCUAGUGGGCUGUCCGCCGCUGACCUGGCCCAUGCCCAGGGGUUCCGCGAAUGUGCUGAGAUGCUCUCCAAUGCGCAGAACCUGCAGCAGAACCUGACCCAGACCCAGUUUAACGGCUUCUGUCUGAACGAUACCACCCAGAACGGAGGCCACUCCCACCCUCUCAUCCUAGGGCGGAGCCUCCUUAACGGGGCACCCAAUAGAAAGAGAUCGUUUGAUAACAUGGAAGCCAAUCAAAUCAAGAAGGCCAGAACUGACGGUAUGGGCCUGCCGCUGGAGAUGCUGAAUGGGUCGGUCUGCGGCGUCGGAGAGUUCCUGAUGGAGAGCAUACACCAGGAGAGCAUGGAGUCAGCGCCACCGGCAGUGAGCUCAGGUGGGCCAGGACCCUUGGCGUUUGGGAUGAAUGGGUCUGCGCCGGUGCCAGGCCUGGUGGACCAGGGGGGAGUGGAGGUGUCCACAACGGCCCCUAAGGAGCUGGAGAUCUUCACUGUGGCCUCCAUGCAGAUCCCCUGUCGCUGCACUAACUCCUAUGCCUACCUGUAGAGACCUUAGAGUGCAUGUAUUGAGUUGAGUGUUGACCCUCCUAGUCAUUGUAUCUUGGUAGAAUGUCCAUCAGGCAUCAAUUUUAGUGCCAUUGUUGGGUUCUUGGCAUGAUAAUGAUAUAUUUCCGGGUUCUAGAAAUAAAGGCAUAAAUAGUUAAUUUAUUGUAUUCUACAUACAUGUUAAGAAAUCCAUUGCCUUGCUACCAUACUUAAUUGAUAGAGAAACAUUAGUUUUAUGUUUUGUUGUUAUACCAGGUUCUUUGAAUGAUCCACACAAUUCUUGUUAAAUAAUCUUGUGUUUUUGGCAAAGCCCCUUAGGAUGAGUGACUUCUGUUUUGCACAAGUAUCCCUCCACACCCUACAUUGCCCAAUGAUAACUGUAAUAAUGUUGUAAAAUUCUAAUCUACAUUCCUUUGAUGUAGAAACGCCCAUACCUUGGGAACAACUUACUGAAACCAGCCUCACUUGGUUUCCGGAGAAGAAUAGGGAGAAGAUUAGACUUCGGUUAGUUCAAAUCCUAGAGGCUGCACUGAAGUUUCCCUCCACAUCUUGAAUAUGCAAUGGCGGAAUUCUGACCUUUACGAAGUUAGACCAGUGGUUCCCAACUGUUUUUUAACCGUGGCACACCUUGAUGGGAUAGCAUUUCACUAUUAAUUUAUUUAGUGGUCAUGACCUCUUAUUUUAUCUGAUCCAUACACCAAAUCUAUUUUCUGUGACAAACGUUUUUUAUACAUUAAAUAUGGUUUGUUUGAAAUA